AUGUUCGCCGUCCGACAGCAGCCCCGCUACUUGCUGCACCAUGGGCACUUCAAGGACGUGGAGGGCGAGGUAAACUUCUGGCUGAUUGAUGGGGUUUUUGUUCCAAUUGGCGAAAAAUUCGGAAAAUUCUUUAACUCUCCGCAAAUUUAACUGCUUUUACAAGUCUUCUACUCAACGUUCAAGGAUCAAAAAAUUGAAAUUUCGGUCGAAUUUUGGGACUUUUUGUCAUUUUACUGUCAUCUCCCUCCGUUUGCGGUUGAAAAGCCCAUAAAACUUUUCGAAACUUCUUGAAAUGACUAUGGAAAAUCCGGUAGACCCUUCGAAUGAUCCCUUGGCAGAGUUGGUAAGUCUUGGCGAUAUUAGAAAAGCCAUUUAUUUUGAGAUUUUACUUAACUUUUACCAGGUAUAACGUGUGUUUUGACGGAAUCAACUAGUUUUUUGCGGAUUUUGAUGCAACUUUGAGGCACUCUGGGGAAAAAUUUCCUUAUUUUGGCCACAACAAAGGUAUUCCGCGAACUGCGCCCAAGCUUGGGCACUAAAGUUAGAAAGACACGCUUCGAAAUAAGUUUAGUUCCGGACAUGUAUCAUGUAUAAAGUGUAAAAUCACAGGCUGCAGCCGUUUUUGAAGGGUAAGGUGGUACGUAAAAAAGAAGGUACCUCACUAACUAAAUCCACUGUCCGGGCAUUGACAACGAUGAAUUGAGCGUGCACGCUAAAUUUGGGCUUAUUCCGACCAGUUUCCGCAAAGUUAUAAGUUGUGGCCAAAAUAAGGAACUUUUACCCAAUCUGGAUCACAAGUCUGAUAUUUUAGCGCAAAAUUUCUCGAGUCAAAUCGAAUGGAAGGUCGCGAUGGCCCGAUUUUACGACGGGUUUAUGCUAAUGUAGACAAAGGCGAUUGUAGAAACAAAAUUUUUUGGAUUGGACCACAAUUUUCCAAGGAAUUUACCAGAUUUUUUACCUCGCGCUUUGCAGAAACCAUCGAAAUUUUUAGGUCAAAAAAUUUUCAGACCUUUUUCGACCCAAAAAUCUCGAUGGUUUCUGCAAAACGCUGGCUAAAAAUCUGGCAAAUUCCUUGGAAACUUGUGAUCCAAAAUUUGCCUCAAGUUCCAUUAAAAUUCCCUACAAUGGGGGACCCGAUCCAGUGGCAAAAAACGUAUCAUUUUACAUCCAGGAAGCAUCAAAAAAUGUGGCAAAGUACCUCCCUCUCCAAGUGAAAAAACUCAGAUUUCAAAAGCGCGCCCGCUUUUUUAUGAGCAAAAAGGGCGUGCCCUUCAAAACAAAGUUUUUUUCACUUGGAGAGGGAAGCAUUUUGCCACAUUUUUUGAUACUAAUCGGAUGCAAAAUGGUAGGUUUUUUGCCACUGGAUCUGGUCCCCCACUGUAAAUUUUUCCUCCCAAAAAAUCCAAGAAAACGAUGACAAAUCCAAAAAAUUUUGUUUUUACAACCGCCUCGUAGGCCCUCCAUUCGUCUACAUUAGCAUAAAGCCGUCGUAAAAUCAGGCAUCGCGCCCUUCCAUUCGAUUUGACGCGAGAAAUUUUUGCGCUAAAAUAUCAAAAGGCCGCCACAUUUCCCUUUUUUUCGUGUUUUCCGCCUCCCAUUUUCGCCGAAUUUUUUACGCGCCGGUAAAGGUGGCGUAACGUUGUGAGAUCUCUCCUAAUUUUUCGAUAAAAAUUUCUUUUUUUGAUCAAGAAAAUUUUUUGGAGAAUUCCAAUGAUUCUUUUCGCUUUUUUUCGACCUGACUGAACUUGACAUUUUUCGUCGAAUUUCGAAUUGAAAUCCAAUCCGUUUGAGGCGGCCUUGCGCGCUCUUUUGUACGUCUCGCUGGCUUAAUUUUCGUAAUUGCGCUCUUAGUUUUGCGGAAGUUGUGCGGGUUUUUGUGUGGGUAUGGCAUCGAAAAAUGUCGACAAGUUUUCACGGUGUGCAGACAGGUCUAGUGCACGACUAGUCGAGACAUUUUUCUGCGAUUUGCAGCGACAAAUCCACAUUAUUUUCCCGACAGAUUUGAUACUAUGAUUAUAAGAAUCUAUUCGGUUGUUAUCUAGGAUUUGAAAUGAAGCGAAGAUAAAAUAUUUGCUUGAUUAAAACUAGGGUAGAUUAUUUGCCUAUUGAUAAAAACCCGCAAAAAGUUAGCGAAGAGGUUUGGAACUUGGCUGUUUAUUUGCCUAAUUCCUAGAGAUAGUCAUGUUCUGUGAUAGCUUGGUGAGUUUUUCACUCAAAAAAUGGAAAAAAGAGAUCUUUGGAAGCUUUCGACCAAAGAAUCUCGAUUUCAGGGAUGGCCGAGAUAGUGCGCAUUGUAAGGAAUGCAUUCAUUGAGAAAAACACUUUUUGGCCGUAUCUUCGCCAUUUUCACGUGGAAAAAACUAAUUUGUUGUGCCAACAUUACUCUCUAUGGUAGAAAUAAUCAUGAAUUGAUACGACCACUCUUACUUUUUAAACGACCAUCAAAGCAAAAAGUUUUUUUAUGAGAAAAGUCCGGAAACAUUGGGAGUUGAACUCGAACGGGGAAAAAGGCAAAGUUUUAAUAUCGUAUUUGCAGCUGGAAAGAAAAUGCCAAGUCCUCCAGGCAUGCUUAUGGUACUGGGCGGGCCAAAAAGUCUUGACAUGUUUGCAAUGUGCGCUGUCGCGCAAAAAACAUGCCUUGUGACGAGUAAAACGUACUUUGCAUGCUGACCACGGACAGUGCGAAAUGAAUUGUUUUUGAAAUGGGUUGAAAAGUGUAUAGUGCGAUUUUCAUCCGCACUGUGCUUUGAUUACCCUUUCAAAACAAUUCAUUUCGCACUGUGCGCGGUCGGCAUGCACCGUAAAUUUUACUCGUCACAAGGCAUGUUUUUUGCGCGAUGGCGCACAUUGCAAACAUGUCAAGACUUUUCGUCCCGCCUAGUACAACAAGCAUGCCUCGAGGACUUGGCAUUUCCUUUCCAGCUGCAAACACUAUAUUAAAACUUUGCCAUUUUCCCCGUUGAAGUUCAACUCCCAAUGCUUCCGCACUUUUCCCAUAAAAACGUUUUGCUUUGAUGGUCGUUUAAAAAGUAAGAGUGGUCGUAUCAAUUCAUGAAACUCAUUUCAUUCCGCAGGUUUUUAUAUCCCCCACAGAGAGUCGUGGGGGGAAGAGACUUUCGAUUUGUUGUUUGAUCCGCUUUGAGAAGACCUUUGGAAAGUUGUUUUUAACCGCCUGUAAAGAGAUCGCUUUGAUACUCUUUGACGUCAUUACGUUGUAAAGUUGGGUGUGAAAAAUAGGGUCAGGGUUGGUGUGAAGGUUGCAAUAUAUGCAACCCAUGCUAACAUAGUUUUUUAUCAAAAGAUUUCUUAGAAGUUGAUCUGUAGUAAAGAAAGCAGAAUCUAUUGCAUAGCGAAUCCGACCCCUUUUGGGCCCCUUCUGGCCCCAUGUGGAUGGAAAUGUUGAAAGUGGCAGAUCCAGGUCGAUUUUUUGAGGGCCGGGCUUAUGACUCGACGUUUGUUUUUAGCCCGGCUGCAAAAAAAUCGGGCUGGAUCGGCCACUUUCAAAAUUUCCACCACACAAGAGGCCGGAAGAGGUCCAAAAGGGCCGAAUUCCCUAUUUAGAUGCUCCUUUCGGUACUACAAACCAAUUUAUAAGGCAUCCAGCCAUGUCUGAGAGCGCCUUUGAUACUUUUUUGAUACCAAAUACGGCUCUCACGCCGCUCUUUCUCGACUUUUUUGUCGCUGAAAGCCGAGAAAAUUUCAGUUAGAAAAAACUCAAAAAAGAGAUUAAACUAAGCCCGCGUUUGCUAUCAAAACGCAUCAUAGAGACAAAAAAGACCGUUGGUUCAACAACAAUAUCUCUCUUCUGUCUCUAUGAUACUGCUUGAUGCCAAGUUUGGGCUUGGUUUGACCUCUUUUUUGAGCUUUUAGCUGACUGAAAUUUUCUCGGUUUUGAUCGACCAAAAAGUCGAAAAGAAGUGGCGUGGUGCUCGUAUUUGGUAUCAAAAAGUAUCAUAGAGACACGGAAGUUCCUUUUAAUACGUUUUGAUACAUUCAGACACUAAUCUCUUUUUGUGAUUGCUUAAUUCCGCCAAUUUGUAACCCGGCAUCUUAUCUUGCCCCAGAAUCCUACUCCUUCCUUACUAUAAAUUGGACACUCCCUUCUGAAGAUUUCGUCCGUUCGCUUUUUGCUCUUUUUCCCCCAUUUUUUGACUACUUUUUCCCGCAAAACCCUUAAGAAGUAUUGUCAAAGAAGGACGCCACCCAAGUUCCUGUCACUCCAAUAGAAGUCUAUAAUAUACUGUGUUCGUAUCCCUUCGCUUUUCCGAGCAAAAUAGUAAUUCAAGCAGUAAAUAUCGGAGAUACGACGCUAACUUGAUUAUCAUACGGAAAAAUUAGGUCCGAAUGAUAAAUAAAGCUUGUAUGAGGGCUGUUACUGUUGGAGUUUGUGGGUAAUAGCAUUUUUAAUUAGUUUUGAAGGUGAUUUUAACCAGCAAAAGGUGAAUUGCCUCGAUUUUUCUUGUUUUUAUCGGCAAAAGGUUAAAAAUAGGGCAGUUUUCUUUUUAUUUUCGACUGUUUAUCGUUUGAAUCUUAAAAUAAGAUUGUUGAAGGCCAGCUUGGGCUCUGCAACAGCUUGUAAAGAUGUUUCAGAGCCUAAUGGCAUCAUUUUGAUAUAAAAUAAUGCUAUUUCUGCCAAAAAAAUUUAAUUUUGACAUCAAAUCUAUGCAGUUCCUUAUCAAAAAACUAGGAUUUUUACCAGUCUAAUCAAUUUUUCUAAAAUUUUAUACCUAAACCAAUACUGCUUGGUCUAAAAUACGACUUCCUCAUGACUCCCCGCCACCUAACGAACCCAUUCCCUCUAAUUAGAAGCGGCGAUUCGUCCCGCUCUCGACUGAUCGCACAAUUUGUGUCCUCGGACGUCUUUGUGUCCUUUUGUACGCUCCCCUUUUCAUUACGGCCAAAUCAAAGAUUUCUUUUCCGUUUUUUUUUGUGAUUCCGGUCCUCGGAAUUCUCCCACCAAAUUUUUUGUCAGAGUUUUGUUUGUCUUUAUGAAGGUUCGGUCCACUAGCCAGCGCGAAUUGAUGGAAUAAGCGGGCAUUUGGGAGUGGGAAAUCAAAAUUCUUUGGGAUCAGAAGGGGCAUGGAUAAUAUAAUAUAAUUUGGACUAUAAAUCGAUGUGUCACACCGUUUUACACACCUUAUCAGCUGUCUUAUGGUCUAUAGCAACUUUUAUAUUAGACUAGACCACUUUUUACAUUAUUUUACACCUAAAAAUGGCUAAAUUAUCUUAUUCUAGCCAUUUAUGUGCCUGUUUCUAAAGUUAGAGCUUUUCAUUUUGUUUUACCCAUAAAUUCCGGCAAUUUACGGCCUUAUCUUGUUGCUAACCAACUGAUAAGGCCGUUCCAAGCCAAUAUGAAUCAUACAAGAGGCGGAACUGCGAAAAUUUUUAAUUAUAUUACACUAGAUGAAUGGAUGAAAGAAAAAAUGUUUUGAGAACCUCUCGGAAUGGAAAUUGAGGAAUAAAAAGAGCAGAAUAAAUCGAGUUCGGGAGGAAAUUCGAGAUUUUGACGAGAAAUUUGGAACGGGUCGAGUCUCUCCCUCACGAAAGUCUUUCUCUCGCCGAAAAAAGGAAAUUUUUGGUGGUAAAGUCGGAAAUCUUGCAGUUGUCGCCACGCUCCUUACGCUAGACGUUGUUGGCGCUUUGAGUUUUCAUUUUGCUCUUCAAUUUGCCUGAAAUUUUUGGGAAAUCCCAGAAUAUUUUCGUUUUUUUAUAUUAUCCUUGCAGAAAGUGGAUCCGGAGACGAUUUACACGCGCCAGGAGCGCAUCGGGCGUGGCUCCUUCGGCGAGGUUUACAAGGGAAUUGACAACCGUGAUGGGCGCACCGUCGCCAUCAAGAUUAUCGACCUGGAGCAGGCCGAAGAUGAGAUCGAAGACAUUCAGCAAGAGAUCAUGGUGCUCUCGCAGUGUGAAUCCAACUGCGUAACGAGAUAUUAUGGGUCAUACUUGAAGGUGAGAGGUUGCUUUUUGAAUUGGUUUUGGAAUUUUAGAAAGAGGAAGACGAUAUUAUGUUAGAGUAGUAUCUGAGAGGAAAAAAUGAAGCUCUGCAUUUUUUCCAAUGUGAUUGUAGGCAAAACUCAUUUUAAAAAGAUUGACUGGGGCCUUAUCGAUCGUUUUUACGGAAUUAUAUUUGCUGGGAAGCGCCAGAUUAGUUAAUUCCAGCUAUUUUUUGUUGGUUUAGGUAUCAAGAUGAAUAUAUUUUCAAUUAACGGUUGAAUUGUCCUCAUAAAGAGCUGAAAUUCUUUCUCAUCUCACAUGCAUGAUUUUUGCAGCUGCUGAAUCACUUCUUUGGUAUUUGUAUCCUUUUAUCCCAUGUAAAUCUUGAUAUUAUACUGGACACCUACCUCAAACUUUCCUUAACUUCUCCUGCCUUUCAGGGUUCGAAACUAUGGAUAAUAAUGGAGUAUCUUGGAGGUGGAUCCGUCCUAGAUCUAGUGAAAUCGGGAAAACUUGAUGAGAACCACAUUGCCGUCAUUAUUCGAGAAGUUUUGAAAGGCCUCGACUACCUGCAUACUGAACGAAAAAUCCAUCGGGACAUCAAAGCGGCGAACGUUUUGUUGUCGGAGAAUGGUGAAGUAAAACUGGCUGACUUUGGAGUUGCUGUUCAAUUGAGUGAAACCGUCAAAAAGCGGAUGACUUUUGUUGGGACACCGUUUUGGAUGGCGUAGGUUGAUUUUGAUCUUUUUUGGUUGAAUUUUAGGUGAAAUGUGGACAAUAUUUGCUGGAAUGGGUCUAAUAAACCUUGUUUAUUAAAUUUUUCACGAUUGAUAUUGAGUCUUCUCUGAUUUUUGAGCAUUUUUGUCACUUCUCUGAAGUUUUUCUCAUGUGUAAUAUAAAAAAUAUAAAAAAAGUCCCAGUUUAUGGCUUAAAAAUUCUGAUUGCUGAUUCCAAUCUUAUAUCCUUUUAUUUACAGCCCAGAAGUGAUAAAACAGGCCUCGUACGACUUCAAAGCCGACAUCUGGAGUCUUGGGAUUAUGGCCAUUGAGAUGGCGAAUGGAGAGCCCCCGAACGCGGACCUCCACCCAAUGCGAGUAUUAUUUUUAAUCCCCAAAAACCCUCCACCUCAGCUAACGGGUGCUCAAUGGAGUCGGCCGUUCAAGGAGUUUGUGGAGUUGUGCUUGAAUAAAGAUCCUAAUAAUGUAAGUUGAUCUAAAAUUUUGUGAUUUUUUUGGUUUUUAGGUAUGAGAUUGGAUAAAAGAAUGGGGUGAAAAGAGAUAAUUCGUAUUUUAAAAGCGAUUUGAAUUUGUUUUGAGUCGAAUUUUUUCGGUUUUGGAAGUCUUUAUAGAUUUUGUUACCUAAAUUUUGGAAUUUCUCAAAAUUCUCUCGUUUUCUCCAUGGAGUUGGGAGUUUUUCGGCCUAUUUUACCUUCAAAAUUUAUUUUAGCGUCCCUCAGCGCGCGAGCUCCUCAAGCAUCCGUUCGUUCGUCGCGCCAAAAAGGCCAAUCUUCUGAUUGACGUGAUCGAGCGAACGGCGGAAUACAAAUCUCGGCAAAUCCCGUCGUCGGACUCGGACCAAGACGACGACAACGACUCCACCGGCUCCGCCGACCAAUGGGAAUACCCCACCGUCCGCAACUCCACCCUUGUUGUGCAUUCGAACAGCCGAACUUCGAUUAAUGGUGCUAGAAAUGGCGGCGUUAAUCGAGACGCCAAUACGGCUUCAACUCAGCAUUCGACGACGAGCCUAGGCAGCACUGGAUAUGAGGAGGAAGAGGAUGAUGAAGACGAUUAUUCGCCAAAUGGAACGAUUGUUAACAAUGGCCGCAACAAACAGAUCCGAGAGGUCGCACAGCAGCUGAAACAAACGGUGAUAAAGUGAGUUUUUAGUUUUCAAAUUUUUGAGUUUGAUGUUUAGUACGGACCCUCAGCCUUCCUACAGUCAGAGCCAACCUCAACGAGGCAAUCACUCAACCACAAUUGCCCUAAAUGGAUCUCCUCAGCCGAGUCCGGUAGGUGAAGGUCUAGUGCAAUAUAAAAAUGUCCAGUUUUUGAUGAAGACCUUGAGAAUAGGUCGAAAGACUUAUGGGAUGUGUAGAAUAGAGAGUAAUGGAGCAUUUACAGCGUCAGUCGAGCCAAGAAUACGCCAAUGGGCAUAGCAAACGACCAACAACUUCCACCAGCUAUAAUGAGGACCAGGCCUACAGAACGCGCCUCAGCCACUCCAGCUCGCAAGUCUCGGCUCGAAGUGGAGCAUCCGUGGUGACCGUGGGAGGAGAACCAUCGAAUCCCUACCCUCAACCGCAAGAACGAAGGCCAUUGCAGUCGUUCGGACAACAAGUUCAAGUCAGGUAAAAAUUGACAAUUUUUUGGGUAAAAAUUUGAUUUUUGAAGUUUUAAUAGUAAUUUUAGUGGGGUUUUAUUGUGAGGUUUGAGUGGAAUAUGAUGCACAGAGGAGAAUCAAGGUUUUUUAGAGUUAUGGUUAGGGAAAAAAUUGAGAUUUUUUGGCGUUUUUUGGGGUCUGAGUUGGACGAUUGGGGAAAAAGACGAUUUGGAAACGAAAAGUAUGAUUUUUCUUCGAUGCAAGUGUGAAAUUAGGAUAAUCGAGAGCGCUGAUUUUGAAAAUGACAUUCAUUUUUUUUGGUCUUUACUUUUUUCCUUAAGUAGUACUGUAAAGUAGUAAUUUUUUGAAUUUUUUUCAUAAAUACUCGAUUUAGGGUGUUUCGAUGGUGCUGAUUUCAAAAAACUUAUUCAUUUUUUUUUCUUUUUUGAUUUGAAAGCAGCACCAUUGAAAACCCCCAAAUCGAGUAUUUAUGAAAAGAAAUCAAUAAAAUUACUACUUUAUAGUACUAGUUAAGGAUAAAAAGUAAAGAUCAAAAAAAAAAUGAAUGUCAUUUUCGAAAUCAACAACCUCGCUUAUCCUAAUUUUGACACUUGCAUCGAAAAAAAUAAUUCUGUUUGGUUUCCCCAAUCUUCUUUUUUCCCCAAUCGUCCAACUCCGACCCCAAAAAACGCCAAAAAAAUCUCAAUUUUUUCCUUAAACAUAAUUCUGAAAAACCUUGAUUCAACUCUGUGCAUCAUAUUCUACUCCAAUCUCACAAUAAAUCCCACUAAAAAUUGUCAAAAAUCGACAAUUUUUUUGAAAAAAUUUCUUUUUGGGAUUUUUUGAUCUCAAAUUUUUGAGGCUUGAUUUGACGACUGUAGUAACUUGAAGAUGCUGUUUUCAGAUCAUCAGAGCCUCAACUACAUCAAUCCCACUCGAAUGGAACGACCAGCUCGAGCGCCUCGUCCCACUACGCAUCCCCCGCGGACUGGUCCACCCUUCAACAAACCCCUUCAAUACCACAACACCAAAAGCCCCAGCCCAAGGUGAAUCAGCCCCGAGGAUCCCUGAUCUGCACUCUACUCCCUGCACUGGACAAAUUGAGCCGAACCCGACACGGAAACGCGGACUUGAACGGCGUCGCGACGGCCCUGCGCCGCGCGGAAAUGGCCUCUCCCGGCUUCUGCGACCACUUUGUCACCGAACUGAUCACCCUUCUGGCCCACCCGCAGACCAGCAACACCGACCUCCGACACGCCAUCGAUCGCCUGACCACCGGACACUAA